AUGGUAUUCUUCAUGCCACUUGGGACAACAUUUAGCGAAAUAAUUGAAAAAUCAAAAACCAAUUAUAUGAUGGGGACCAACUACGGAUGUACUAGCACUAAUGAGAUGGUUCGCUGUUACAAAAGAGUUAUGCCUAAAUUUAUUGAAGAAAUUCAACGUUGGGACAAAAUUGUGAUAGCAAAAACUAUACAAGAUGAAGCCUUGAAUAAGGAUUAUGAAAAACUAGUUCCUUUGGAAUUAGCACAUAAAUAUAGUAAAUUCAAACCUCCAUUGGAACUGACAACUGAUGGCUACGAGCUACAUAAUAUCGAUAACUCAAAAGAUGCUUCAAAUAUUGUUUAG